AUGUUACCAUUUCGUGUCACGUUCAUUGCAUCGGCAGUGCUCCUAACGCUUGCUGUUGCACAGCACGUUUCAUUGUACAACAAGUCUGGCAUCAGUUGGCCAUCUUUGCGCUUCCACUUUACAAUUAAACGUGCCGCCUCAAAAAUUCACGGUUACUCCAAGUUCUCUGUUUUCGCCCAUCCUAUUAUAUCUAGCAACGCAACUAGUGUGCUUUACAACACGUUUGUCUCGUUUGGAAUAAAUGAUGCGCUCGUUAACUAUUCGCUUGUUGACGGAAUAGAGUACGUCUCUCGCAGCUCUCUUGACGGAUCAGAAAACAGAGUACAAAUUAAUUGCAUCGAGAGGGAUGUUCUACUUCCAAUCAACUCGAUUGUGGCGGCUCUGAAUGAAGCGGAGAGAGUGUCAACCACCUUAACAAGCGACGGCUCGGCGAUCUCAUGCCCAGGUGGUAGCACGUACAAAGCUUCGGUAAAUGGUAUUCACUUUGGUGUGUGCUUCACUGAGAAUUCUGGGUUAAUCAUGUACGGCACUGAUUUGGAUAUUCAAGUGGAGUACGUAGUGACUGACACACCGAUAUUCGCUCCUACCAUAAGGGCCAUGGAAAGACGCAAGUGCAAAAAGAAAUUAACAUCAAUUUUUGUCACAUCAAUUGGCAAGGCUUUACUAACUGGACAGCACAUUUCGAUCGGUGAUGCGAGGAAGCUCAAAGUAGCGUUCGAUUUCUCGCUUUCGCAGCCUUCGUGCUCGUGCAAAUCGAAGCUUCGCCCAUGCAUCUUCAUCCAUGGUCUUGGAAGUCUAGUUGAAGAGAAAGAGAACUUGGAUUCGUUUCACUACUGGGGAAAUCUAACCGACCGUACGCCCUGUUGUUCGUCGACUAAGUUCGCAGUGCUCAACACACUAAAUAAUUCCUGGACGGACAGCAAUCAACAACAAAAAGUGUGCGAUCACAUCCUCAGAGCAAGCAAUUCUAGCAAUGGCACAAACAUCUCGGAUACAAUUAUUGUAUCACACUCGAUGGGUGGACUAUUGGUUGCAGGAGCAGUCGCAAGCGGGAAAUGCCGAAUUGACAACAGCUCCACAUGGGUCAGCACAGGAACCCCGAUACUCGGAAGCAUGGCCUCUGAUUAUUUUCAGGAAUCGUGCAAGGAUAAGACGAAUCUUUUCAUGGAAAAAUUCGUUGAAACGACGGGCUUUUGUCCUGCAGACGACGGUAUUAAAUCACUAGCUUAUAUCAACGAAAGUUAUUGUAAUCCGACGCUCAUUCACGCCUACAUGGCUGCACAGCAAGUCUAUCGCGAAAAUGUGUACGCUUUAAUGUGCAGCAGCAGUUUUUCAGGUAUCAUUUCCUCGUAUCAGGUCGGCUUCUGGCUAUUAGGCAGGGUAGUCUCGCACAAAUCUCUAGAAAAUGACGGCAUGGUCGAAUUUCUCAGUUGCGCAGGAGGAUUUCCCAGAUCAAAAUUUGGAAUGAGCUACAGCGAUCGCUUUUAUAUGUCGAGCCUCAAUCACUUUGAUGUCGCUUUCAGAGCGGGUGAUGCACUUCUCGAUCCAAGGAAGAUGCCUGUGAAGUGGCUUGAGUGUUUACUGUAG